AUGGAGGAAGCGACACAGAUAAACAAGGACACCCCGGACGUGGCAUCAGCCAUGCAGAACCUCACGAUCCUGCCACAAAAGCAACCCAUCGGUGCCGUCAGCCGGAAGCGCGCAGGACGCGGUGCCGUCCAGAGUGGCCUGACGCACGAGUGUGGGGUGUUUGGGGCGAUAGCGACGGGCGAGUGGCCGACCCAGAUUGACGUGGCGCAGGUCAUCUGUCUCGGGCUGGUGGCGUUGCAGCACCGUGGCCAGGAAUCGGCCGGCAUCGUGACGAGCGAGGGCAACUGUGCGAAGAACUUCAACGUCCACAAGGGUAUGGGCAUGAUCAACAACAUCUUCACGGAUGACUCGAUGAAGAAGCUGAAGGGUAAUCUCGGGAUCGGGCACACGCGCUACUCGACGUCGGCUGCCUCGGAGGAGGUCAACUGUCAGCCGUUUGUUGUCCAUACGGCUCACGGUGCGCUGGCUUUGGCUCACAAUGGUGAGCUUGUCAACUGUGAAAGCCUGCGAAGGGAUGUGCUGUCACGGGGCGUUGGCCUAUCCACGCACAGUGACUCGGAGUUGAUCACGCAGGCGCUCUGUUUGAACCCACCCGAGGGCGAGGUGGAUGGACCUGACUGGCCAGCUCGCAUUAAGCACCUGAUGCAGCUGGCACCACUCUCGUACUCGCUCGUCAUCAUGCUAAAGGACAAAAUCUACGGUGUACGUGAUCCGUACGGUAACAGGCCACUUUGCAUUGGAAAGAUCGUACCACUCACCAUCGGCGCGUAUCGUCACGAAAAAGUCGACAAAUUGCCCGCGGAAGGAUGGGUGAUAUCGAGUGAGAGCUGUGGCUUUCUCUCCAUCGGAGCUCGGUACGUGCGAGAGGUUCAGCCUGGGGAGAUUGUAGAACUCACGCGUGAUGGUAUCAAGACCAUCGACAUCGUAGACUGUCCGGAGAACCGCCGGCAUGCGUUUUGCAUUUUUGAGUACGUUUACUUCGCCCGCUCGGACUCCAUUUUCGAGGGUCAGAUGGUGUACUCCGUGCGGUUGCAGUGUGGCCGCCAGUUAGCCCGGGAGGCUGGUGUGAAUGCCGACAUUGUCAGCUCCGUACCAGAGUCCGGUACGGCUGCGGCUCACGGUUACGCGCGAGAGGCUAAUCUAAACUUCGCGGAGGUGUUGUGUAAGAACCGGUACGUCGGUCGCACGUUCAUCCAACCAUCGACUCGAUUGCGCCAGCUUGGAGUGGCCAAAAAGUUCGGUGCUCUGUCCGAGAACGUGGCAGGCAAACGGUUGGUCCUGAUCGAUGACUCCAUCGUGCGCGGUAACACCAUUGGGCCGAUUAUUAAGCUGUUGCGCGAUGCAGGCGCGUUGGAGGUGCACAUCCGGAUAGCCAGCCCACCGCUGCUGUAUCCUUGCUACAUGGGCAUCAAUAUUCCGACACGCGAGGAGCUCAUCGCGAACAAGCUGAACGCGGAGGAGCUGGCGAAGUACGUCGGAGCGGAUAGCUUGGCGUACUUGAGCGUCGAGGGCUUAAAGAAAGCGGUGCAGCUAAAUAUGACGGCCAAGAACCCAGAACAGGUGGGCCACUGUACUGCUUGUCUGACUGGUGAUUACCCCGGUGGACUACCUGAGGAUCUAGAGUGGUAGCAACGUGGUGGGGGAUGAGCGUUAUGCAUAUACUCCAAUUUUUUUUCAUCAUAAGAUUAGUGACCUAAUGUACAAUUUUCCUGAGAAAUAAAUGAUGUUUUCUAAUAAAGAAAAUCAAUACGAUCAUGAAGAUCAUAUAACAUA